AUGGCAGGCGGGGAUGGAGACUUGAAGGGGAUUAGGCUUGGUUUCAUGCCGGCCGCCUUAGCGCCGCCGGGCGCCAUGCAGCAGGCCCUGCUGGCGUGGGGCCCCGCGGAUGGUUGGACCCCUGGGCAGGCAGGCACGCCCCAGAGCGCACCUCACAGAGGGAAAAUUCCUCCACCCAUAAGGUCCAUGAGGGAAGGUGGAGGCGGGGUGGGAGAGGCAGCAGGCCUCCAGGGUCCCAGUCACGCUAUCCUCAUCACGCUGCUGAGCCCCGACCCCAUCUGUGUGGUGGCCUCAGAGGACCACCUUCUGCCUGAGCUACUAGGUGGCGUCGUCUACUUAAAGGCCCCGGCUGAGGCUAACCACCCAAAAGGCGAUGACGACGGCUCAGAGAAGGACAGUGACGUGCCUGGAGAUACACAGCACCCUCUCUCUCAUACUCAGUCCCUCAUGAUUCCAUUGAUCCAUCAGGCCCCCACUCUGUGGACAGCACACAGGGGACCUCGGACGGACACUGCGAUGGAAGCCGACCCUGGUGCCGCCGGCCUCGGGCCCCGCACAGAGCCAGACGAUGAAGACUACUAUCCCCAGGGUGUCUGGGACACGGUCUUCCUGGUGGCCCUGCUGCUCCUGGGGCUGCCGGCCAAUGGGCUCAUGGCAUGGCUGGCUGGCUCGCAGGCCCGGCAGGGAGCGGGCAGGCGGCUUGCCCUGCUCCUGCUCAGCCUGGCCGUCUCGGAUUUUCUGUUCCUGGCGGCGGCGGCCUUCCAGAUCCUGGAGAUCCAGCGGGGAGGACACUGGCCGCUGGGGACGGCGGCCUGCCGCUUCUACUACUUCCUGUGGGGUGUGUCCUACUCCUCCGGCCUCUUCCUGCUGGCGGCGCUCAGCGUGGACCGCUGCCUGCUGGCGCUGUGCCCGCGCUGGUACCCGGGGCACCGCCCGGCCCGCCUGCCCCUCUGGGUCUGCGCCGGCGUCUGGGUGCUGGCCACGCUCUUCAGUGUGCCCUGGCUGGUCUUCCCGGAGGCCGCCGACGGGUGGUACGACCUGGUCAUCUGCCUGGACUUCUGGGACAGCGAGGAGCUGCCCCUGCGGAUGCUCGAGAUCCUGGGGGGCUUCCUGCCUUUCCUCCUGCUGCUCGUCUGCCACGUGCUCACCCAGGCCACUACCGCCUGCAAGACGUGCUGCGGCCGGCCAAGGCCCGUGGCCUCCCGUGGCUUUGCCCGCGUGGCCCAGACCAUCCUGUCCGCCUACGUGGUCUUGCGGCUGCCUUACCACCUGGCGCAGCUGCUGUACCUGGCCUUCCUGUGGGACAUCUACCCCGGCUACCUGCUCUGGGAGGCCCUGGUCUACUCCGACUACCUGACCCUGCUCAACAGCUGCUUCAGUCCUUUCCUCUGCCUCCUGGCCAGUGCCGACCUGCGCGCCCUGCUGCGUGCCAUGCUCUCCUCCUUCGCGGUGGCUCUCUGUGAAGAACGGCCCGGCAGCUCCACGCCGGCCGAGCCACACACCCAAGUGGAGUCUGGGGGCCACACUUCGCCAGGGCCCAUGGCCCAGCCACAGUUGGAUUCUGUGGCCCCUCCGCAGUUGGAUUCUGUGGCCGCCCCACGGGCGGACCCCACAGCCCAGCCACAGUUGGAUUCUGUGGCCGCCCCACGGGCGGACCCCACAGCCCAGCCACAGUUGGAUUCCGCGGCCGCCCCACGGGCGGACCCCACAGCCCAGCCACAGUUGGAUUCCGCGGCCCAGACCCUCGGAACCCCUUCUGGCUCAGCCCCCAGGCCCCGUGAUGAAGCUCCCUCUGCUCCCUCCACAGAUCCCACCCCAGAAGCCCCCGAGAACCCAGCUGUGCCUGCUGCCUGUGAGGGAGAAAGCCCCAGCAGUGUCCCCCCAGAGAAGACAGGCCCCACAGGCCGGGAUCCGGAGCCGCCCGAGGCCGGUGCCGCAGCCCCCGGCGUCCCCGGUUCUCCUUGGACCCCGCUCCGAGGACGCCCUGGGAUGCUCUGCGGCCAGGAGCGGCAUCCUGACCCCCCGCCCAGCCCCUGCCAGGCCCCCUGGGCCGGCCUGGAGCUCCCUGCACAUUUCUGCAGCCACUGCACAUUCCCCGGGGCUCAGAACUCGGGCCUAGCGCGGCUCCACACUGGACACCUUUCCCCGUCACCCAGCUUCCAUAUCCUGGGCAGGAAGGAGCUCAUUUGGAACUGA